UAUCAACUAUAUCCAGAAUGUCAAAAGGCAAGACAUCUGGAAACAAAGGCUUAAAUGACUGUGACAAAAAAGAUCGAGAAGGCCGAAUACCUGUGUACUAUAAAUGUGGCCUGAUGAACAACACCAUACAGGACGUCCUGAGGCAGAGACCAGGCUGGGUAGAAGUCAAAGAUGAUGGAGAGUGGGACUUUAACUGGUGUGACGUGGGCUGGCUAAGAGAAAACUUUGAUCAUUCUUACAUGGAGGAACAUGUGAGAAUAAACCAUUUCCGCAACCAUUAUGAGCUGACUCGCAAAAACCUCAUGGUGAAAAAUCUUAAGCGAUAUCGCAAAAGCAUUGAAAAAGAGGAGGGCCGCGUGGAGGCAUCUAAAUGUGAUUUUUUCCCCUGUACUUUCACACUUCCCAGUGAAUAUCAUCUUUUUGUAGAAGAGUUUAAAAGAAGCCCUGGCAGCACCUGGAUCAUGAAACCAGUUGCAAAGUCUCAGGGGAAAGGUAUUUUCCUGUUUAAGAAGUUAAAAGACAUCAUGGACUGGAAAAAGGAUGGCACUCGCUCAGAGGAACAGAAGGAUGCGGCUCAAGUUGAGAGCUAUGUUGCUCAGCGUUAUAUAGAGAACCCAUAUCUCAUAAAUGGGAGAAAAUUUGACCUGAGGGUCUAUGUACUGGUCACAUCAUAUGUUCCCUUGAAGGCCUGGCUCUACCGUGAUGGCUUUGCACGCUUCUCAAAUACUCGUUUUUCCCUGAGCAGCAUUGAUGACAAAUAUAUGCACUUGACCAAUGUAGCUGUUCAAAAAACUGCCCCUGACUAUGACCCUGAGAAGGGAUGCAAGUGGCAGGUGCAGCAGCUUCGCAGAUAUCUGACAGCCAAACAUGGCAGAGAGAAGAUAGAGACCCUUUUCAAAGACAUAGAUAACAUCUUUGUCCGCAGCUUACAGAGUGUGCAAAAAGUUAUCAUUAAUGAUAAACAUUGUUUUGAGCUUUAUGGCUAUGACAUUCUUCUGGAUGAGAACCUCAAGCCGUGGCUAAUCGAAGUAAAUGCCUCGCCAUCACUCACAGCCAGCAGCAAAGAGGAUUAUGAGAUGAAGUGUCGUCUUCUGGAAGAUACAUUAAAUGUUGUUGAUAUGGAAGGAAGGCUCAAUGGUAAAGAAAAGAGAGUGGGAGGAUAUGAUCUUAUGUGGAAUGAUGGUCCUGUCUACAGAGAGGAUCUCAACCUAGAAACCUACGGCAGUACAUUCUUUACAGCCAACACACAUUUGGGGUGUAUAAAUGAUAGGGAGAAUCAUCUUUGCAGACAACGGCUUCAAAGACAAAUCCAGAGCCGGAAAAGGAUUCAGUAUUAA